AUGGCUCUCGGCUCGUCGACGAGUGACAGCCUCGCAGCGUUGAAUAUCCAUUGCGGAUCUCUUGCUCUCGUUGUCGUCGACCAACACACCGGAUCCUGUCAGCACAACUCGGUCGUUCACCCACCCCUCUCACACAUUGACAAGAUGCCCGUCAAGCAACUCGACACGCCAUACCCCGUCAUCGACGCGGAUCCGCACUUCUCGCGCGUCAUCCGCAGCUUCCGCACCUCCGACUACGCCGCCAUGGCUGGCGCCACCGCUGCCUUCCCCUCGGCCAUCUACAUGAUGGAGAUGUUCGACCCAACACGACCCAAGCGCGGGCUGGGCAGCGCGUUGCGUCUGUCGACGUUCCUCGGACUGUGCGGUGGAUUCCUGUUUGCGUACCAGAGGACGUCGUUCCGCUUCUGGGGUUGGAAAGAGAACGAGCUCGAGCAGCAGGCCAACCAGGCUGCGAUCGAUUCCGGUGUCAAGCCGUUGGGUACGGAUCCGAGCAAGAGCGACCUCACGCCGUAUAUGCAGGGUGUGGCGCACAGGAACAGCGCCUUUUCGCAGUUGAAGUUCAGCACUCUUCCUUGGUUCAACUUGGUGGACCACCCAUACCACGGCAACAACUCGCAAGAGUCUUUCAGACCGAGUGCUUGUCGGAACGGACCCGACACUUCGUUUCCCACGCUGCUGCUGUCCGCCGGACAAGCUACCGACGAACCGAAUGCUCGUUCGAUUGUGUUGAUUGAACAUCGGCUCACGUCCGAACCGCAUUCUUGUCGCACGCAUCAUCCAAGAUCAAGCGUCAACUCGACGUGUGUGCUUGCAUCAGACAAUGAGAAUUAA